AUGGUGCAGAAGUUUUUCUCUUUUAUUUAUCAAAUCUCUAUACCAGACAACCCUGAUUCACUGCAAACUCAGGAAGUUCUUCUGCUAGAUGAAGUUGAUAACAGAAAGAAAAACUUUGAGUUUGGAACUUUAGAUGAUGGGAAGAAGGCAUUGGAUAAGAAUCAUGCAAAACAAGUUGGUUCAGCUGUUGAAAAUAUGUUGAAGACUGGAAGAUUUGUUACGCAGUCGACUCUUGAUCUGAAAGAGAAAGCUGGUAUUGGUGGAAGCGUUCUUGGUCCAUUGUUUGUGCACACUGCUCUUCAAACUGGUCAGUUUCUUCAACUCCAUAUCCAGAAGCUAGUAAAUAAGCUGGAGGACGCCAACUUCGCUUUCUCGCAAAAUAUUGAUCUAGUUGAUGUUGCAAAAAAUAUUACAGGCUUGGAUCCCAAGACAACUUUAGUGUAG